ACCCACCUCGGGACGCGCCUCGCUAGCUCCCGGCGCCGCGGGGGUCCGGCAGCGGCGGAGCGAGCGGGGAUCCCGCGCUGCGCGCCUGGGCCGGUGCGUCCCCGCCGAGCGCUGGUGCCUGGGCUCGCCGGCUGCCUUCCCUGCGCGGCACCAUCCGGGUGACUCCCGAAUUGGCUGCCUCCACUGCGGUUCAGAACAGCUUCAGGAGUUUCUUGGCUGAGGGCUCCUGACCCCCAGUGAAGCAGACCUCAGGACUUCUUUCAUUGUCUUCCCAGCCCAGUUGCCACAACAAACAGUAGCGAAGACAUUGACCAUGGGGGAUGUGAAGCUGGUUGCUUCAACACGUGUCUCCAAAACCUCCCUCAGUGUGGAUCACUCAAGAGUUGGCUCCAUGCCCCUGACCGAGGCCCCUGCUUUCAUUUUGCCACCUCGGAAUCUCUGCAUCAAAGAAGGAGCCACUGCCAAGUUUGAAGGGAGGGUGCGAGGUUACCCGGAGCCCCAGGUGACUUGGCACAGAAAUGGGCAACCCAUCACCAGUGGGAGCCGCUUCCUGCUGGACUGCAGUGUCCGGGGGACUUUCAGCCUUGUCAUUCAUGCUGUCUGUGAGGAGGACAAAGGAAAGUAUACCUGCGAAGCCACCAACAAUAGUGGUGCCCGCCAGGUGACAGUGGAGUUAACAGUAGAAGGGGGCUCUGUGAAGAAGCAUGGUCAGUCUGUUGUUUCCAAAACCUUGGGGUUUAUAGCCUCCACGGUGGAGACUCGUCCUAGUAUCUGGGGAGAGUGCCCACCAAAGUUUGCUUCAAAGCUGGGCCGAGUGGUGGUCAAAGAAGGACACAUGGGACGAUUCUCCUGCAAGAUCACUGGACGGCCCCAACCACAGGUCACCUGGCUUAAGGGAAAUGUUCCACUGCAGCCAAGUGCCCGUGUGUCCAUGUCUGAGAAGAAUGGAAUGCAAGUUCUAGAAAUCCACGAAGUCAACCAAGGCGAUGUAGGAGUAUACACAUGCUUGGUGGUGAAUGGAUCAGGGAAGGCCUCCAUGUCUGCUGAGCUUUCCAUCCAAGGUUUGGACAAUGCCAUUAGGUCAUUUGUAAGAGGAGCAAAGGCUGCCAGUUCGGACAUCAGGAAGGAGGUGACCAAUGGAAUCGUGAAGGGGCUGAAACUGGGCAGCCAGGAAACUGCAGCUGCAAAUAAGAACCGUUCCAGUGCCCAGAGAGAUAACCCCCCAGCCUGGGCCACAAGCAGCCAGCCUCAGCCUCUGAGGGAACCCAAGGUGGAGCCAUUUGGGAACUCCCCAAGAAAGGCCCUGAAGACACCAGUCCUUCAGAAGACUUCCAGCACCAUCACCCUGCAGGCCACAAAGGCCCAGCCAGAACCAAGAGCACCAGUCUUGGGGGCCCUCUCUCCCUCUGGAGAAGAGACGAAGAGGCCACCUGCUGCCCUUCCAGCCACCUUACCUUCAAGGCAGCCUGGCCUCCGAAGCCAAGAAGUUAUGAGCAAGUCUGCUGCCAGGAAAAUCCCCAUGGAGGGCCGGAGGGAUUCAACAUUCCCCAAAUUUGAGAGCAAGCCCCAGAGCCAGGAAGUCAAUGAAGAGCAAGCAGUCAAGUUCAGAUGUGAGGUUUCAGGGUUCCCAAACCCCGAGGUGGCCUGGUUCCUGGAUGGUGCCCCUGUGAGGAGACGAGAAGGCAUGGUUGAGGUUUAUGAUGAUGCUGGAUCCCAUUGCCUCUGCCUGCUGAAAGCCCACGUGAAGGACAGUGGGAACUACAGCUGCACAGCUUCCAAUAUCCGAGGCCAGGUUUCCUGUAGCUGGACCCUCGUGGUGAAGAGAUUGGCAAGGAUGGAGGUGGCCCCCUCAUUCUCCAGGGGUCUGAAGGAUUGUACCAUCAUCGAGGGCCAGGACUUUGUGCUGCAGUGCUUGGUGCAGGGGACCCCAACGCCCCGAAUCACUUGGCUGCUCAACGGACGGCCCAUCCAGUAUGCCCACUCCACCUGCGUGGCCGGCAUGGCUGAACUCCACAUCCAGGAUGCCCUGCCGGAGGACGAUGGCACCUACACCUGUCUGGCAGAGAAUGCCUUGGGGCAGGCAUCCUGCAGCGCCCGGGUCAUCAUCCACGAAAAGAAGACUGGCAGGAAGAGUGAGUGCUUUCUACCCGUGGCUGCCAGCAAGCCCGUUGCACCCACCUUUGUGCAAGGCCUCUCUGAUCACAAAGUCAUGGAUGGAAGCCAGGUCACCAUGACAGUCCAGGUGUCAGGGAAUCCGCCCCCUGAGGUCAUUUGGCUUCACAACGGGAAUGAGAUCCAGGAAUCGGAGGACUUCCACUUUGAACAGAGGGGCGCUCGGCACAGCCUUUGUAUCCAGGAGGUGUUCCCGGAGGACAUGGGCACCUAUGCCUGUGAGGCCUGGAACAGUGCUGGAGAGGCCCGCACCCAGGCUGUGCUCACUGUGCAAGAGCCUCAGGACGGCACCCAGCCCUGGUUCAUCAGCAAGCCUCGCUCAGUGACAGCCACUCUGGGCCAGAGCGUCCUCAUCUCUUGUGCCAUUGCUGGUGACCCCUUUCCCACCGUGCACUGGCUCCGGGAUGGCAGAGCCCUCUCCAAAGACACAGGUCACUUCAAUGUGCUGCAGAAUGAGGAUGUGUUCACCCUGGUUCUAAAGAGUGUGCAGCCCUGGCAUGCUGGGCAGUAUGAGAUCCUGCUCAAGAACCGGGUUGGUGAAUGCAGCUGCCAGGUGUCACUGAUGCUACAGAACAGCCCUACCAGAGCCCCCCCGCGAGGGAGGGAGCCUGCCAGCUGUGAGGGCCUCUCCAGCAGAGGAGUUGGUGGUGUUGAUGGUGGUGACCACUAUGGGACCCUGAGGCCCAGCUGGCCAGCAAGAGGGCAGGGUUGGCCCGACGAGGACGAAGAAGGUGAGGACGUGCGUGGCGUGCUGAAGAGGCGCGUGGAGACGCGGCAGCACACCGAGGAGGCAAUUCGCCAGCAAGAGGUAGAGCAGCUGGACUUCCGUGAUCUCCUGGGGAAGAAGGUGAGUACCAAGACUCUAUCGGAAGACGACCUAAAGGGGAUCCCAGCUGAGCAGAUGGAUUUCCGCGCCAACCUACAGCGGCAAGUGAAGCCAAAGACUGUGUCGGAGGAAGAGAGGAAAGUGCACAGCCCCCAGCAGGUUGACUUCCGCUCUGUCCUGGCUAAGAAGGGGACUCCCAAGACCCCAGUGCCUGAGAAGGUGCCACCUCCAAAACCUGCCACCCCAGAUUUUCGUUCUCUGCUGGGCAGCAAGAAGAAAUUGCCAGCAGAGAAUGGGGGCAACAGUGCUGAAGCCUUGAAUGCCAAGGUGGUGGAAAGCCCUAAGCCUGUGAGCAAUGCCAAGCCUGCAGAGACCCUGAAGCCCAUGGGUAACGCCAAACCUCCCGAGACCUUGAAAUCCCUGGGCAGUUCCAAGCCUGCUGAGACCCUGAAGCCCAUGGGCAGUGCCAAGCCUGCAGAGACCCUGAAGCCCAUGGGUAAUGUCAAACCUGCCGAGACCCUGAAGCCUGUGGUUAAUGUUAAACCUGCCGAGACCCUGAAGCCUGUGGGUAAUGUCAAACUUGCUGAGACCCUGAAGCCUGUAGGUAAUGCCAAGCCUGCCGAGACCCUGAAGCCUGUAGGUAAUGCCAAGCCUGCCGAGACCCUGAAGCCUGUAGGUAAUGCCAAGCCUGCCGAGACCCUGAAGCCUGUGGGUAAUGCCAAACCUGCCGAGACCUUGAAGCCUGUGGGUAAUGUUAAACCUGCCGAGACCCUGAAGCCUGUGGAUAAUGUCAAACUUGCUGAGACCCUGAAGCCUGUAGGUAAUGCCAAGCCUGCCGAGACCCUGAAGCCUGUGGGUAAUGCCAAACCUGUGGAGACCCUGAAGCCCGUGGGUAAUGCCAGGCCUGAUGAGACCCUGAAGCCUGUGGGUAACAUCAAACCUGCCGAGACCUUGAAAUCCCUGGGCAGUGCCAAGCCUGCAGAGACUUUGAAGCCCUUGGGUAAUGCCAAACCUACUGAGACCCUAAAACCCCUGGGCCAUGCCAAGCCUGCCGAGACCCUAAAACCCCUGAGCAAUGCCAAGCCUGCUGAGACCUUGAAGCCAGUGGGGAAUGUCAAACCAGCUGAGACCCUAAAACCCCUGGGCAGUGCCAAGCCUGCCGAGACCCUGAAACCUGCUGGGAAAGAAGAACUGAAAAAGGAGGUUAUGAAUGAUGUGAACUGCAAGAAGUUUCGUGCAGGGGCCAUGGAUAAUGAAAAAAGAUCAGAGAACCAAGGGACAGCCCCAAUCUUCAAGGAGAAGCUACAGGAUGUCCAUGUCGCAGAGGGUAAGAAGCUGCUGCUCCAGUGCCAGGUGUCCUCUGACCCCCCAGCCACCAUCAGUUGGACACUGAAUGGAAAGACGCUUAAGACCACCAAGUUCAUCAUCCUCCACCAAGAAGGCUCACUCUGCUCCGUCUCCAUCGAGAAGGCACUUCCCGAGGACAGAGGUGUAUACAAGUGUGUAGCCAAGAAUGACGCCGGCCAGGCUGAGAGCUCCUGCCAGGUCACCGUGGAAGAUGCUCCCACCAAUGAGAACACGAAGGCCCCGGAGAUGAAAUCUCGUCGGCCCAAGAGCACUCUUCCCCCUGUGUUAGGAACAGAGAGUGAUGCAACUGUGAAAAAGAAACCUGCCCCCAAGACACCGCCGAAGGCAGCUAUGCCCCCUCAGAUUAUCCAGUUCCCAGAGGACCAAAAGGUGCGUGCUGGAGAGUCUGUGGAGCUUUUUGGUAAAGUGACAGGCACCCAGCCCAUCACCUGUACCUGGAUGAAGUUCCGAAAGCAGAUCCAGGAGAGCGAGCACAUCAAGGUGGAAAACAGCGAGAACGGCAGCAAGCUCACCAUCCUUGCCGCACACCAGGAGCACUGUGGCUGCUACACUCUGCUAGUGGAGAACAAGCUGGGCAGCAGACAGGCCCAAGUCAACCUCACUGUUGUUGAUAAGCCAGACCCCCCAGCCGGCACGCCUUGCGCCUCUGACGUUCGGAGCUCCUCCCUGAUCCUGUCCUGGUACGGCUCCUCAUAUGAUGGGGGCAGCGCCGUACAGUCCUACAGCGUCGAGAUCUGGGACUCAGUGGACAAGACGUGGAAGGACCUUGCCACGUGCCGCAGCACCUCUUUUAAUGUCCAGGACCUGCUGCCUGACCGCGAGUAUAAAUUCCGUGUGCGUGCAAUCAACGUGUACGGAAUCAGUGAGCCAAGCCAGGAGUCUGAACUGACGACGGUGGGAGAAAAACCUGAGGAGCCAAAGGAUGAAGUGGAGGUGUCAGAUGAUGACGAGAAGGAGCCCGAGGUGGAUUACCGGACAGUGAUAGUCAAUACGGAACAGAAAGUGUCUGACUUCUACGACAUCGAGGAGAGAAUAGGAUCUGGGAAAUUUGGACAGGUAUUUCGAUUGGUAGAAAAGAAAACUGGAAAAAUCUGGGCAGGGAAAUUUUUCAAGGCGUAUUCGGCAAAAGAGAAAGAGAACAUCCGGCAGGAAAUCAGCAUCAUGAACUGCCUCCACCACCCCAAGCUGGUCCAGUGUGUGGACGCCUUUGAAGAAAAGGCCAACAUCGUCAUGGUCCUGGAGAUCGUCUCGGGGGGUGAGCUGUUUGAGCGCAUCAUUGACGAGGACUUUGAGCUGACGGAGCGCGAGUGCAUCAAGUACAUGAAGCAGAUCUCGGAGGGCGUGGAGUACAUCCACAAGCAGGGCAUCGUCCACCUGGACCUCAAGCCUGAGAACAUCAUGUGUGUCAACAAGACAGGCACCAGGAUCAAGCUUAUUGACUUUGGUCUGGCCAGAAGGCUGGAGAAUGCAGGAUCUCUGAAGGUUCUCUUUGGCACCCCUGAGUUCGUUGCUCCUGAAGUCAUCAACUAUGAGCCCAUUGGCUACGCCACAGACAUGUGGAGCAUCGGGGUCAUCUGCUAUAUCCUGGUCAGUGGACUUUCCCCAUUCAUGGGUGACAACGAUAAUGAAACUUUAGCCAACGUUACCUCAGCCACCUGGGACUUCGAUGACGAGGCCUUUGAUGAGAUCUCUGACGAUGCCAAGGAUUUUAUCAGCAAUUUGCUAAAGAAAGAUAUGAAGAACCGCCUGGACUGCACUCAGUGCCUUCAGCAUCCAUGGCUAAUGAAAGACACCAAGAACAUGGAGGCCAAGAAGCUCUCCAAGGACCGGAUGAAGAAGUACAUGGCAAGAAGGAAAUGGCAGAAAACAGGCAAUGCUGUGAGAGCCAUUGGAAGACUCUCCUCUAUGGCAAUGAUCUCAGGGCUCAGUGGCAGGAAAUCGUCAACAGGGUCACCGACCAGCCCACUCAAUGCAGAAAAGCUAGAAUCUGAAGAAGAUGUUUCCCAAGCUUUCCUUGAGGCUGUUGCUGAGGAGAAGCCCCAUGUAAAACCCUAUUUCUCUAAGACCAUUCGUGAUUUAGAAGUUGUGGAGGGAAGUGCUGCUAAAUUUGACUGCAAGAUUGAAGGAUACCCAGACCCCGAGGUCGUCUGGUUCAAAGAUGACCAGUCAAUCAGGGAGUCCCGCCACUUCCAGAUAGACUACGAUGAGGAUGGGAACUGCUCUUUAAUUAUUAGCGAUGUGUGUGGGGAUGAUGACGCCAAGUACACCUGCAAGGCUGUCAACAGCCUUGGAGAAGCCACCUGCACAGCAGAGCUCAUUGUGGAAACCAUGGAGGAAGGAGAAGGGGAAGGGGGAGAGGAAGAAGAGGAAGAGUGAAACAAAGCCAGAGAGAAGCCGUUUCUAAGUCAUAUUGAAAAGACUAUUUCUUAAAGCUCAAAAAACCCAAGCUAUUAAAAGCACCUAGUGUGAUAGAUUAUCUAGUUAGGCCAUUUGGGGGUUGAGAAUUCAGCAAGUUAAUAACCUAGCAGCAGCGUUAUCCAUGGGCAUUAAUCUGAAUUAGCUGGCACCUUAAGAUACACUUAGUGCAGCUUUAUUUCCUUUAGGGAAAUAAUCCACUAACUUCCCCGACCAAUUUAUUUUACAGAGAAAAUAACCAAGAGGUAUUUAUCUAGGCAAAGUCAUAAAUUCUCCAACAGAAAGCCCUCAUGAAAAAUAAGUCCAAAAUGAGGGCUCUGGGCCCAGCCCAAAGGGCCCCUGAUGAUAAAAGCCCCUGACUCCAGAGAACUGGUUCUUCCCCAGUCCUGCAUCACUUCAUUCUGAAAGCAGUUGAGCCAUUUUAACUUAUAAGGCACAUUUUAUUCCAAAGCGUACUGCAGAAGUUUGAACGUUUCAUUUCUCUCCCCCGUUCCACCUGCUGGUUUUCCUAGAUCUGAACUCGCUGUUUAAGUGCUAAGGACAUGACAGUUCAUAGAUUCUGAAGAUAGAUCUCUGCUUACGGCUGAUUCUGGCUUCCUUAGGUAAACAGAUUCUCCUUUCUUCCAAAAGCAGUUAAAAAAAAAAAAAAAGAAAGAAAAAAACUAAGCCUAUCCCCUCUUUGAAGAUAUCUUAGCAAUUUCAGAUUUUUAUGUAAGAACCCAUGAAAAAAAAAUUCUUGCUAAUGUGCUUUUCUUCUUAAACCAGGACUCAUGUUUGUGCUGUUAUAACAUCAACUCUGGGUGGUAUAAAUUUUUUGUUUGAAUGUAUGGAAGAAACAAUUUGCUGAAAGGUUAGUUUUAUUUAUUGGCCACUAUGAAACGAUUUCAACUGAUGAAGAGCUGUAGACCACCACAUACUAUGGAACCUUCUUCAAGAUAGUCUGAGCACAUCUUCAUUCUAAACACUCUCCAGACAACUCUACUUAUAUGGGUUCCACAGUUUUCUUUUUGAAUGUGCAUCAAUCAUGCCUUACCCCAACCUUGAAAUAUAUUCUUAGACCUGAUAAAUGCACUCAGACUUGCAUCUUUAGGAAUUUUUUACUUUCUUUCACUACAUUGGCACUUAAAUUUUUUCUUUAUAAAACUUUUUGAAGAUCAUAAGCAAAGGCCAUAAACUGAUGCCUAAUAUAUUUUCCUUUGCGUGCGUGCGCGCAUGUGUGUGUAACAUUCCAAAUACUCUUUUCCUUUUCCACUGUUUGUAAAGUACAGCAAUUUAAUAUUUCAGGGGACUUUUUAAAUAUGGUUCCUUAAGAAUCAAUUUUAAAUUACUUCAGUGCAAUCCUACACAGUAUCAAUAUGAGAACUUUGAUAUUAUUUAGUCUUAUGUUAUCUUCUAAUCUAUUUUUAUCUGCUUUUUGCUGCUAGUUUCAAAUUGCCAGUAUUUUUCCUUUUUUUUUUUUGCUUUUUAAAGUUACAGUAUUUUCCAUAAUAGACACAGUAUUGUCACAGUUUAUUGUAAGAAAGUGUUUUUAAUUUGAUUUAGAGCAUUCAGAGCUUUUUUUCCAUCACUUUUCAUUGUUUAUGCUAUAAUUGUGUGUAUGUUGUAUGCGUGUGCAUGUGUGGUGUGUAUGUGUGUUUACAAGUUCUGAAUACCUUCUUGAAAUUGUCUUAAUAUUCUCCCAGUUUAUUAUGCCAUCAGAAUGGUAAAUGAGAACACUACAACUGUAGUUAACUCACAGUUUUUAAAUAAAGGAUACCACAGUGCA